UCUACGGGCGCGGAUUGGCUGCGACGCACGGCGGCGGCCAUGUCGGGGCUCCGUGGGGCGCCAUGCUGCGCGGGCUGCGGCGGCGCUGGGCCGCUUACCGGUACCGCUUCGUGCCCUGGCUGGCCAUCAACCUCCGCCGCCAGCGCCGGACCCUCCGGUACGUCCCUGAGAGCUCCCAGGACAAAAUUAUCCCCGAUGAAGAAGUGCUAGAAACGCUGCUGAAAGUGUUCGCGGCGUUGUUCGCCAACGACCUGGGCAGGCAGACGCCUGUCCUGGCCGCGCGUCCAGAAAUCGGGCGUAAAUACGAGGAGCCGGCGUCCGCGGAGCCGAGGCGGUCACAGGAGGGUGCCGGCGGCCAGCGGGCCCUCGGUCCCCAGGAGGUCCUGUUCCAGGCGCUGGGCUUCGGCCUCGCCCGCGGCCGGAGCUCCCUGCCCGCCGCCGGCACCGGCGUCUUCCUCAGCAGGGGCGGCGCGCCGCCGGGGGCGGUGGUGGCCAUGUACCCCGGUACAGUGUACAGAAAGCACGAGCCCAUCUUUUUCCAGUCCCUUGGCAAUCCUUUUAUUUUUAGGUGCAUAGACGGUGUCCUUAUUGAUGGGAAUGAUAAAGGACUAUCAAGAGCAGUGUACAGGUCUUGCAGCAGGAGGGAUCAGCUCGGCCCGUUCCAAAUGAGCGAUGUGAGCUGGCUCACGGCUGCUCCACAAAACCCACUGGCAGUGGGACAGUACGUUAACAACUGCUCGUAUGAAAAAGCAGCCAACGUGUGUUAUCAGGAAUUUGAUGUGCCAAGAUGUUUUCCAGUAGAGCUGAAACAGUACCUGCCAAACAUCGUCUACAGCCAUGACACACAGAGCCCCCUGAGGUGUGUAGUGCUUGUCACUCUCAGAGACAUCAAGAAAGGAGAAGAACUUUUUUCUAACUACUACACCGUCAUCAAUUGAAUUAAUAGAUUCAGGACUGAAGAAAUCUGUGCCAUUACAAUACUUUUUCUGUAUGUACUUCAAGCUCCAUGAGCAUUUUUACACAAUGAGGACCUCCAACUUCAGCCUUUAGGAAGAAAGCUGUGGGCUUGUAUUUCACUGAGAUUACUCCACAUGUGGUGCAGUGGUGAAGAUUUAACUGUUUACAUCACUAGGUUUUCAGCUACCUCCUAUCAUGGAUGUUAUUGCUUAUUGUUUUUCAGCUGUCCAUACAGCUCAUAAAAUAAAAAAUUAAGUUCUGUACGUGUCAUUUAA